AGUCCUGUUUAAAAUGUGACGGCGAAACUCUCCAAACAAAUAAAAACCUUAUUGAUUUGUAUAUUUUGGGAAACUGAGACAUAAGAAUUGUCUGGAAGUCAAAUGAACAUCCAAAGAAGAGCUUAGGUUCUUCAUCUACAUUCUUUUUAAAAAUAACUUGCUGUCAAAAUGUCAUUCUACACAGCUCAUACUCGAAAUAACAGUGAUAUCCUUGGUAUUCCUUCUUCCCCAAAGAAUUCAUCAUUGAAUGUUCUCACCCACAGUAGCAGCCUUAAGCUACAUUUGAAAUCAGAUACAUCAGAAUGUGAAAAUGAUGAUCUGUUGUUGAGAUCUGCAAGUAAAAUCAAAGACAUAAAUAGCACUUAUGUUAUUUCUGCUUGUAAAAGAACUGGAGAUACUCCCCCUACCCCUAAUCCUGCAGAAAGAUUGGCACUUCAGAGAAGAGCUACCAGGAAAAAAGAAUCAUCUUUGCUUUGUAGUGAGAUGGAAGACAAUAUUGAAAAAACAGCAGAAACACGUCUCACAUUACAACGUCGUACUAAAACAGAUUCUGUGGAAAAGUGGAAAAGAGUACAGAAUGUGGGAGGUAAAACAGAAAAUAAUUGUGCUUCACAGGAAUCUAGUAGAAAUGUGAAGAUUGUAAAAACUGAUAAAAACUCCUUGGUUGUAUCUUCCAUACCUUUAGCUGAUCCAAAAGACAAACAAAUGAUGGCUGAUGAAAAAUGCAAAGAAACGUUUUCUACCCCCAGUGGGGCAAAUGAAAAUGUUGACCUUAAGUACUUGAGUAAUAGAGCACUCAUUGGUUCCCAGAGUCAGAAUGAAGUUGCUAGAACAGGACACUUGGCAACGAAACCCAUUCAAAGUAAGUUGGAUAUCAAAGUGACUGGCACAGGAAACUUACAUCACAGAAGUAUUGGAAAAGACAUUGUGAAAAAUUCAAAUAAUAAAUUUGGAAGCUUAGAAAAAGAAAGAACACCCAUAAAAUGUAUAACAGAACACAAAUCCACACCAAAGUCUAGCAUGUCUCAACUUAGGAGCCCAGCUUCUUUGAUACUGAGAAAUAGGAUGCUUAGCCUUCAAGUGAAACAAAGGCCAAAAAGUUCUCUUCUUGCAAAUAAAAGGGAGAGGUCACAAGAGAAAACACUCAAUACUGAAGAAGAAACAGCACUUCAGAACACGUUCACUGAGACAGAUCCCUUAAAAGUAGAGAAUACUCAAGUGACAGUGGCGGUACGCAUAAGGCCUUUCAGCAAGAGAGAGAAGAUUGAAAAAGCAUCGCAAGUGGUUUUCCUGGAUGGGGAGGAAAUAACCGUACAACAUCCUGGCUUGAAACACGUUUAUAAUUUUAUUUAUGAUGUUUCAUUCUGGUCUUUUGAUGAAUGUCAUCCUAUCUAUGCUAGCCAGACGACUGUUUAUAAGACGCUAGCGUUACCGCUCCUGGAAAGAGCCUUUCAAGGCUACAAUACCUGUCUCUUUGCUUAUGGUCAGACUGGCUCUGGAAAAUCAUAUACGAUGAUGGGACUUAGCGAAGAACCAGGAAUAAUUCCAAGAUUUUGUGAAGAUCUUUUUGCUCAAGUAGCCAAAAAACAAACCCAGGAGGUCAGCUAUCACCUUGAAAUGAGCUUCUUUGAAGUAUAUAAUGAAAAAAUUCAUGACCUUCUGGUUUGUAAAGGUGAAAAUGGCCACAGAAAGCAACCUCUGAGAGUAAGGGAGCAUCCUAUUUCUGGACCAUAUGUUGAAGCUCUGACAAUGAAUGUUGUCAGUUCUUUCUCUGAUAUACAGAGUUGGCUAGAAUUGGGAAAUAAGCAAAGGGCAACUGCUGCUACUGGUAUGAAUGAUAAAAGCUCCCGAUCUCACUCAAUUUUUACUCUGGUGAUGACCCAGACCAAGACAGAAUUUGUGGAAGGGGAAGAACAUGAUCACAGGAUAGUAAGUCGCAUAAAUCUAAUAGAUUUGGCAGGCAGUGAGCGCUGCUCCACAGCUCACACCAGUGGAGAUCGGCUGAAGGAAGGUGUGAGCAUUAACAAGUCCUUGCUAACUUUGGGAAAGGUUAUAUCUGCACUCUCUGAACAAGCAAACCGAAAGAGAGUUUUUAUUCCUUAUCGUGAAUCUGUUCUUACCUGGCUGUUAAAAGAAAGUCUAGGAGGAAACUCAAAAACUGCAAUGAUUGCUACGAUUAGUCCUGCUGCCAGCAACAUAGAUGAAACACUAAGCACACUUAGAUAUGCUCAACAAGCUCGUUUGAUAGUCAAUAUCGCCAAAGUAAAUGAAGAUGUGAAUGCUAAGUUAAUUAGAGAAUUGAAAGCAGAAAUUGAAAAGCUGAAAGCUGCUCAAAGCAACAAUCGAAAUAUUGACCCCGGACGAUAUAGGCUCUGUCGGCAAGAAAUAGCAUCUUUAAGAAUGAAACUUCAUCAACAGGAGAGAGACAUGGCAGAAAUGCAAAGAGUAUGGAAAGAAAAGUUUGAACAAGCUGAAAAAAGAAAACUUCAAGAAACAAAGGAGUUAGAGAAAGCAGGUAUUACAUUUCAAAUGGACAACCAUUUGCCAAAUCUCGUCAAUCUCAAUGAAGAUCCUCAGCUAUCAGAGAUGCUGCUAUAUAUGAUAAAAGAAGGAAAAACUACAGUUGGGAAGUAUAAACCAAAUUCACGCCAUGAUAUUCAGUUAUCUGGGGUACUGAUUGCUGAUGAUCAUUGUCUUAUCACAAAUUUUGAUGGGACAGUGAGUAUUAUCCCAGUUGGAGAAGCAAAGACAUAUGUAAAUGGAACACAUAUUUUGGAGCCUACAGUAUUACAUCAUGGUGAUCGGGUGAUUCUUGGUGGAGAUCAUUAUUUUAGAUUUAAUCAUCCAGUAGAAGUCCAGAAAGGGAAAAAACCAUCCUGUAGAGAUACUCUUAUAAGUGAGGGCCCCAAAGACUUUGAAUUUGCAAAAAAUGAGUUGCUCAUGGCACAGAGAUCACAACUUGAAGCAGAAAUAGAAGAGGCACGUUUGAAAGCAAAGGAAGAAAUGAUGCAAGGAAUCCAAAUUGCAAAAGAAAUGGCUCAGCAAGAGCUUUCUUCUCAAAAAGCUACAUAUGAAAGCAAAAUAAAAGCACUGGAAGCAGAACUGAAAGAAGAAUCUCAGAGGAAGAAAAUCCAGGAAUUAAGUAACCAAAAGGCUAAUUACAAGAUUGAAGAAUUGGAAAAGGCAAAGCAACAUCUUGAACAGGAAGUAUAUGUCAACAAAAAGCGAUUAGAGAUGGAGACUUUGGCUACAAAACAGGCUUUAGAACACCACAGCAUGCGCCAUGCAAGAAUUCUGGAAGCGUUAGAGUCUGAGAAGCAAAAAAUUGCGAAAGAAGUACAAAUUCUACAGCAGAAUCGAAGUAAUAGGGAGAAAACUUUUACAAUUCAGCCAAAUUGGAGCUCCAUGAAGCUCUCAAUGAUGAUUCAGGAAGCCAAUGCUAUCAGCAACAAAUUAAGAAAAUAUUAUGUUUUUGGCAGACAUGAUGUAUCAGAUAAAGGAAGUAGUCCUGAAACUUCUGUUCAGGUUCAGGUUCGCAACCUGCAACUAGGGAUCUCAACUUUCUGGAGUCUGGAAAAGUUUGAAUCUAAGCUUGCAGCAAUGAAAGAACUUUAUGAGAGUAGUGGUGGUAACAAGGGUGAGGAUGUCUUUUGUGAUCCUGAAGAUGAAUGGGAGCCUGACAUUACAAAUACAUCGGUUUCUUCAUUUUCUAGAAGGAGGAGUAGGAGUUUGAUGAAGAAUAGAAGAAUUUCUGGUUGUUUACAUGACAUACAAGUCCACCCAAUUCAGAAUUUGCGUUCUUCACAUUCAUUAGGCUUAAUGGAGAAAUCAACCAUUUACUCAAAUUCAGCAGAAUCAUUUCUUCCUGGAAUUUGUAAAGAAUUGAUUGGUUCAUCAGUAGAUUUUCUUGGACAGAGUUAUGAUGAAGAAAAAUCUAUGGCAGACAGCCUGAUUAAUAAUUUUCUUACAAUUUAUAAUGGGCUAUUUGUCAUUUCCAAAGCUCAUGAGGAACAAGAUGAAGAAAGUCAAGAUAACUUGUUCUCUUCUGAUCGAGCAGCUCAGUCCCUUACUAUCCAGAUAACUUGUGCUUUUGAGCAGCUUGUGGUGCUAAUCAAACACUGGCUGAAUGGUUUUCUACCUUGUAUCAGCACAGCAAGACUUGAAGAUGAAUUGAGACAAGAAGUUAAAAAACUAGGAGGCUACUUACAGUUAUUUUUGCAGGGAUGCUGUUCAGAUAUUUCAUCAAUGGUAAAAGAGGCUCAAAAUAAAGUGAUCCAAAUUGUACAUCAGGCUUUAAAGUAUGUGGGACAGUUCGCAGUUCUGAAAGGGAGCAAGCUACAUUUUCUGGAAAAUAAUAACAAUAAAGCUGCCAGUUUGCAGGAGGAUUUCAUAGAUGCUAUUUGUGAUGGUGUAGGCUUAGGAAUGAAGCUUCUAUUAGAUUCUGGACUGGAAAAAACAAAAGAACUUCAGCAUGAGCUCCAAAAACAGUGUACACAAAAUGAGGUUACCAAACAGAUGAAAGCUAAUGCCAUGGAAUUGAUUAGAUAUCUUGAAAAUGUCUUUACUGAGUGGAAAACGAAAAGUUUCAGAACUCAAAUACAAGAAGAAAACUUCAGAUAUCAAGAUUCAAAGAAGUUGGUUAAUCUUGCCCCAGAAUUCUUGAAGUUAAAACAUUGCUUAGAGCAAAUUAUGCAAGUUAUUAUUUCUAUACUGAAAGGAUCUCACAGUGACGUAAAACUUCUCAAGAAUUGUGUUGAAAGUAUUUGCAACUUGGCCCGUGAUUUUCAUGAUUAUGUCAAUGUGCCCUCCUCUUUUGUUAACAGCUAUGAGAACAGAAAACCUCUAGUUGACCCCAGGGAACUAGAAUCUCUAGCCAAGUCACUGCUCCUCUGUUUUGAAACUGGAGAAAGACCCUGGGAAACUUGUAAUCAAAAUACCAAAGAAGAAGAACAGUGUAAAUCAAGUAGAACUGAACCCAGUAGGAAUAAAGGUGUGCCAAAGCGCGUCUAUGAGCUUCAUGGCCUGUCUCCAGCUGUGAGUUCAGAGGAAAGCACACCUGCUCGGACCCAGUGGGUGUGAAUACCGAUAAGUAAGCACUUUAUGACCAUCCAUGAAAUAGAAAGUAUACUUGAUAGGCAAUUUUCCUUAUGUUGGAGAAUAUAAAAAGCAAGAAAUCAGCUUAAAUAUUUCAAAGACGUUCAUAUAUGUUGGGGGCCUUCCAAGUGUUGUGGUCUUGAUUUCAAAAUGCCUGAAUGUGUGCUCAGAAGUUUCUCGGCAGGCAAUUUUAAACAGGAUGUUGACCAAUUCAGAACGUUGUGGCAAUGGAAUGAAAUUAAGAAUUCAUUAGCCUGUUUGUAUGUGGUUAUUUUCUCAUAAGUGGAAACUUGAACAAUCAUUAGGAUUUGUAUCUGUGCCUUCUCUCCUCUGCAGAUACCUAGGAUGGGGUUUAUGGUGGAA